CGCUCCUUCCUCUUCUCUAGAUCCAGCGUCUCUCAUCUCCUCUUACAAAGCCACAACCUCUCCUCUCCUCACACCCCGCUAGAAGCAUAUCCAUGGCGCCGCUGCGCGACAGAAUCGCGACCAUUGCCGGUGGCGACCAGGCGAAGAUAGCCAGGUUGAGAGAGAUCCUUUCGUGGUUUGACAACGACUGGGAGGUUUCGGCGUCGAUGAAGGAAAUGGCCAAGUAUCUCAGAGAUAGCGAGAGGGAUGAGAUCUAUUCCCAAGAUGGAGUCCGGUGGGAGUCCGUCCAACCCAUCGAGUUUCUCCUCUGGGCGAUGGAGCAGAUGGACUCGGAGGACCGGAUGGUCAGGCGUAGGUGGUGGGUGUACAGAUCCAGGAUCGAGCAUCUAGAGGAUGACCCCACCAUCACAUACGCGGUGCUGUUCAUGAGGGUGUCGUUCCAGGUGGUGCCACCGGAGUGGACGCGUUUCAAACACAACAGGAGGUCGUUCCUAUGCGCGAUGAUGCUUCACCGUUCUCCACGGUUCCCUCGAUGAUCUCCUCGUCUCAACAGCGCCGGUGGCGUUUAGGGAGCCUGAUGUCUAAAUCUCGGAGUGACCGAGGGCUUGGCUGCUAAUCUCUCGGAGUUUAUUGCUUGACCGGCCUGCGUGCCGUGGGUAAGGCCAGUGUGCCAUGUAUCUCACUAUUUGCUUCUCGUUUGGCCUUGGGUUGCUGUUGAAACUCGUGGUUUUAUGCCUACCUUCGCUAUGUGACGAUAUUAAGUUAUGUAUUUGAUGAUAAGAACUUGUUAUGUAUGUAAAUUAUGUAUGUCAUGACAAUCACUUUUAUGUAUUUCAUGAUGGGCCACAUUAGUAU